GAGGGAGGGAGGGAAAAGAGGCAGGAGGGAGGCGCCGCGGGGCGGGUCCGGUCCUGGCGGCCGCGGGUCACAGGGCCCUUCGGGCGCGGCCGCUCUGGUUCCCCGCGCCUCAGGGCAGGUCGGCGAUUUCUUCCCGCGUGUCGGGGUCCUCCGCUCCCCGGGUCCGGCCGCGCUUGUCCGGCGCGUGCCCCCGCGCCCAGGGAGACCCGCCCUCCUCGUGGCCUUGUCUCCUCUCCCCCGCGCCCUUUGCCUUCACCCUUCGGGCCCCGAGGGCUUCGUCCCCCGCCCAGGGAUAGCUCCGUCCUCUUUUUUCCGGCCGCCGAGCCAGAGCCAGGCUGUCUGCCCGGGACACCCCUUCCCUGCUCCUGUCGCCCCACGUGUUUUUGGUGCCCACCCCUGGAGAGGGCCAGGACCCCUGCCUUUGGGGAGGCAGCCUGUUCUCCUUAAGAGCUUCGAGAGCCCCCCGUUCCCCGCCCCAGAUCCGCUAGGGCCUUGGCUCGCCCUCCCCCCACAUCAGGUGCUCACCCAGUCGUGGCCUAGUAGCUGGGCUGGAAUCUCGCACCCGGGAGCGCGGAGAGCACAUUGAAGAGCUUUUUUCCCCGGGGAGCUGGCUUUGGAUUUAGAGCCGGUGGUAUCUUGGUCGCGAUCUUCGGGGCAGGAUGUUGUUUUAAUUUUUAAGACUAUAUAGCACAGGCUCUAAGGAGCUUCUUGUUGGUUCAGGUUCAUCCUUCUAGGUGAGGGGAAGGUGGUGAGAUUUUGGUUGGAGCCUGUUUCAGCAAAAUGGAAUCUUUUUCUCUCCAGCAGAGUUUUAAUGCUGUACUUUUAUUACUCUCGAGUAAAAGGGCUGUGUAACAAUUCUAAAUAGCGGCAGUGUUUUAUAAUGUCUGCAGUGUAAGAGGUUACAUGCUCAGCGAAUCCUUUACAGGAACUUCAUCUUUUAAAGGUCUUUGAGCUGUCUUUGAGUCUCUGUAGAUUGGAGAGACUUUAAAUGCAUUCUUUCACCUUUUCCACAAGUGUUGGGUCGGCUCUUUUCCUCAAGUGUGGUGUCUCUGAGAGUGCCCUGCAAGUUCAGUUUCUCCUUAACGUGCUUGGUGAGGAAGGAGUCUCCACUUGGAAGCACCCAGGGUUCUUUCUCCUUUAAUAUUAAUGAGUCUCCUCGGAAAAUCAUGAAGUUACCAUAGCAUGCAUAAAGUAUUGCCAGAGCCCCCCACUCCCCAUUGCAGUUUUUAUAUUGUCCUAGCUUUACUUCCAGUAUGUGGUGUCUGGUCGUGAAAUAGCCAAGAUUGAAGCAUUGCUGUUAGUAAAGCAAAGCUGGAGCUUUCAGCUGUUGCUUUAACCAGGAAGUUUGUGGUUCCCCCAGUGGCUUAUUUCCUCUUGACUGUCCACCACCUGUUUCCAUGAAGAAUGGCUCCUGGCCCAGAGCAUAGGUCUCAACUUGUCUCCAAUCAUUCAUUCUUGUCCAUGGGGUUUUCUGGUUCAAAGAUGGUAUCUCGACUUAAAAUCUAUUAGCAUGUGGGGUUGUUAGAGAUAAAAUGUCUUUUCCAACUCUUUGGCUUUUCAGAUGAGGAGACUGAGGCCACCAAAGGUUAAGUGACUUGGCCAAAGUUACAUAGUGAGUAUUCUUAAAAUAGUCUGAACAUAGGUUAAAAGCAACAACAACAAUAUCAUGAGCAAUAAUGCACAUUGCCCUUUAAGAUGUGCCAGAAUGGGAAGGCCCCUGAGCUGGAAGUUAAAAGGCCUGGGAAACCUUACUUUUGUUAGUUGCUAGCUUGUACAAUCUUUAACAAGUCCCUUAACUGUCCUGAGCCUCAGUUUAUUCUCAUCUGCAAAAGGGAGAAAAUCGUGUCUGUCUCCUAGGGUGCUAACUCAGCUUCAGUGCAGUAACGUGUGAAAGCGCCUGUGGUGUAAGAGACGGUGAGAUUUUGAGCUAGAAUGUUUAUUUUUCUAAAGAUUUCCACUUAAUUUUUUUAUUACAGAAGCUACAGAUUCAUUAUAAAAAAUACAGAAAAGCAAGAAAUGAAGAAACUCACCCUUAGUCCCAUCACUCAGAGAGUGAAGACAUAGUCCAGAGAGGUGUAAAGCCACAGGUAUGGGCUAACUGCUGGAUGAGUGUGCUCUAUGGUCAUCUCUUUAACCUUCUUGCAUGAGGCCUGUUGUGCAGAUUUGAAAACGUUGCAUUCAGAAAGGUGAUGGCUUUUUUCCUAUAUUAUGGGGUGUACUUUCCUAUUCCUAGGAAGCUAGAAAUAUUUUUUCUUUCUUUCUCAACUUUCUCCUUAGCUGUUUCCCAAAGCAGGCUUAUCUCCCACUUGAACUAGCUGUUGCCUAGUUGCGCGCGUGCGUGUGUGUGUGUGUGUGUGUGUGUGUGUGUUUGUACAUACAGCAGCUACCCGGCUAACUUUCUUUCCCCAUUCCAGUUCAAACUGGAAGACCCUGAGUAAACCAGAAUAAGGAUGAGGACAGAACUUAGUGGAUUCCACACAAAUACUACCCACCUGGAAUCAGAAUUUGUUCAACAUACUGAUUUUUUAAUCACCACUGGAGCUGAAAUAAAGUUUAAAGUUACGUAGUAUAUUGUUACAAACUAAGAAUUACACUAAAUUCCAGAACCAAUUUGGGAUCUGAAAAUACGACCUGAUUUGAAGGGUGGUCACAAUUUGACAGGACAGUUUUAUUAGGUCAGGGUUAGUUUCAGAAACUCCAAGGGAGGCUUUGAGUUUAUACUUUUGCCAACAAAACUAAGCACAGAAGAGGAUCUUUCUGCUAGUCAUUAUCUCUGACACUGAUUGGGGGAGGAGGCAGUAGUGAUUAAGGAUAGAGAGAGGAAAUAGUAAAGUUUUUAGAUUUCAAAAGUGUUCGUUUUCCCCCCUGUCAGCCUUGUCGUAUCCUCUCAGUAUACCAUAAAUGAUCAUUUUAAUAUCAAACCAAUUUGCAUACAACAAUGACUAAACUUGGUGCUUUUUGCCUACAGUGAUUAUAGAUUUGAAAUAGAAAAAAAAUGUUUUACAACAUUUAAACUCCCCCAUCCCGAGGUCAGAAAUUUUUUCAUUGUCUAGACUUUUGCUGGAAACUCAGAGGUUUUGGGCUUUUCUGCAAAAAGGUGAUUUUAUUAAAGCACAGGGACAGGACCCAUGGGCAGGAAGAGCUGCCUAUCAAAAAACAUUUUAAAAAAAUUAUACUUAACUGCCACAUUUUUACAAAAAAGCUCCCACAAAGUGAGAUGUCAAGUAGAUGAUUACAUAAAUUGGUCAGUAUAAUUAAAAAAAAAAAUUUUUUUUUUAAUGUUUAUCUGUUUUUGAGAGAUAGAGAGCCAGAGCGAGAGCAGGGGAGGGGCAGAGAGAGAGGGAGACACAGAAUCUGAAAUAGGCUCCAGGCUCUGAGCUGUCAGCACAGAGCUGGACAAGGGGCUCGAACCCAUGAACUGUGAGAUCAUGACUUGAGCCAAAGUGAAGUCAGCCACUUAACUGACUGAGCCACCCAGGCUCCCCUUUUAUGUUAAUCAAAAAAAAAUAUUUUUAAAUGUUUAUUUUUGGGAGAGAGAGUGCACACAGGGGAGGGGCAGAGCAGUAUAUUUUUGCCUAUGCAAAGUACUGGAUUGGGAGCUCUGGGAGGCUCCCAAUUGAUCGUAUUAGAAGUACUCAAUUUUUGAAGUGAAAUUCAAGCCCAUAAAGGUUUUAAGCUAAAAAUUCUAAGUGUGGUUGGUUAUUUUCAAGUGGUAUCAGUUGCUUACUUCUUUUCUACAACCCUUCUAUCCUCUAACUACCAGAAGCUUUGGGGGGAAAUAUCCAGUCCACUUAACUGUCUGAGGUUAUGACUUUUUCGUAGAUUAUUACACUUUUCUCAUAUACACUGAUGGUGAUUUUUAAUGACAUAGGUUCUCUUUUAUAAUUUGGCAGUAAGCUCUAAUUUCCUCUGUGCUCAUAUAACCAGACUUCACAUUUUUGCCCUUCAAAACACAUUUAGAUUAUUGAGCUAGAAGUAUAAAAUCCCUUCACUUGUCAUUGAACUCCUCCCUGGUUAUGUCAGUCAAGAUAGACAGCCUGACGUUCGCAUGUGCCACCUGAGCCUUUUUGCUCAACUGUGCUUUUCUUUGCUCUUUCACUCUUUUGACGAAACGACUGCUGUGAUUUCUGGCACUUCUAGUCCAGUUUUUAAAGUGUUUAUUCCACUCCAAUGUUCUAAAUGCAGGCUGUGCUGUUCUUUAAAGGGUUUCCCUUAUCUACUGAUCAGUUUUAAUGGUUUUGGUUCUUAAUGUUAUGGCAGGCUGAUUGCCCCUACCCUAACAUCAUUGGGCUUUGAAUUGUUGCCCUUAGAAAAGAAGUAGAGAAUAUUCAAAGCAAAGAAAACUAAGACCACAAGGGAAAGAAGAGGAAACCUUGAGUGUAUAAACUCAUAAUGAGAGGACACACGGUAAAAAGGGACUGAGGGAAAGUUACCUCUUGUAGCAGACCAUUGGUUAUAACCGUUCUUCCAUCUCUUUAUUUCUAAUGCAUCCUUUGUGGGAAAAGCUUGGAAUGUGUUUCUGAAUCAGAAAUUUAAAAACAACUUACAGGCAGUUUUCUGUGAAUAACUGCUAAUUCUUUUUAAUUUCCCCUUAACACCUGCAUUUUUGUAUUUGAAUAAUUGUUUUUAUCAUCAUUUAACUUUGUAAUCCUUUUCUAAAAUUGUGACUUAUGAUUAAUUUCUGUGCUUUCUUUUCCCGCAAGCAUGUUGAAUUUUAUUAUACUGAGAUGACUCUUGUGACCUGCCUAAAGAGAAGUGCCCUCCUUCAUGUAAUAAUAUUUCCAUCUUUUAAGUUCUUAAAGAAGUCUUGCCUUAUACAUCAUAAAAUGGAUUUUAAAAUGUUACUCUAAACCGGUGAUUUUCAAGCUUUGGCUUGACAAAAAUUACUUAAGGAGGGCACAUCUUUACAGUAUGCUGAGCAGUGCCUGGCUGCUCAGUAAACUCUUCCACAUUAAAUGCUCUCUUGUUAUGCAUGUGAUUCUGAUUAAAAUAGAAAUUGAAUUAGAUAAUAUUUUUAGUGAAUAAUAAAAGCAUAACAGUAACCAGUGAGAUUAUCUUAAAAUUUGUUGAUUUCCUUUUUAAAAGAAUCCUUGAACUAAAAAGAACCCAAUUUGGGUUGUUGACUGACCUCACAAAGGUACUUAUUGGUCCUGAUAGCUUUCUGUAGGAAGAAGCAUGUGAUCAGCUCCAGUGUGCAUAGGAGAAACUAGGACAAACCUAACCAGUAACUUAACCAGUCCCAGCUAGGGUUACUGUCUCCUGCCUGUCCGGCAGUCAGCGCCUGGCAGCCCGUGUGCCAUGUGCCAGUUGCAGUCUCCUCUCACUGCAGUCUGGGUUGGCUUCCUCCUUUAGCAGGAUGGAAGACAGCUCCUGCCGCUCGUGUCUCUACAGGAGCCAGGGUCUCUGACAAAAUACAAAAGCAGUUAGCUGCUAUUCUAGUUCUAACUUUUGGAUGGUUAUGUUUGCAUGUUCGAACAGAAGACACAGUUCCUUGGUUGGAUGCAGAUAGGGGUCAGGCACUGUUAGCCAGGCUAGAACAUUUAGGCCCAUACAGUGACAUGUUGCCUUUCAUUAUCUUUGUUUUUAAGUAACGCUAUACGUUUAGGAGUUCAUUUGUUUACCUCUUUACAGGCUGAACAUAACUUCCUUUUUUCAAAAUUCCCUGUGUUGUGAACUGAGCUUGAGUGAAGUGAAAUCUUUGAGGUAAGGCAAUGCUAAUGAUAAAAAUGGGAAAGAAGGCCUGUGCAGCUUGGGAGCCUUCAGAGACAUAGUUUUAGAGUCACUGCCUAAAUAUUGAAAUGCCACCACUUGUUGUCUGGAGGAUGGGAAGCUAAAUUGAGAACGGGAGCACCACAUCUGCCUCGACUGCUAAGUAUAUCCAUUUCCACUGCUCACCCAUAAUAGAAUUUUUAUGUGUGCGUUUAUUAAUCUUGGUUUUAACAUCAGUUUAAAGGAGGACGGAGAAUGAAGAGACUAAGAUUACAUUCCUCCGUCCUUCCCUUACAUUUGAGUGUUUGUUCCUGGUGGGUCCCUGUUCUUUUUCAUCAUCACUCUGAUGGUUUUUGGUUUUUGGUUUUUGGUUUCUCUGGAAAGGUCAAACAACAGAAAAGACAUGAAUUCCUAGUACUCUAUCAAAAGGCAGAAUAUUACUAUCCCAUUUUCAUUUUUACUUUUUAAAUUUUCUGGCAAAAUAAGAUUCAGGGUAAAGAAAUUUUCCCUGUGCCACCUAAUGAGGAUCACUGAAGCAGGAAUUUUUAAAAAGUCCUUCAUUCUGAUGAGGAACCAUUAGGUAACCACUCUGCUCUCCGCACCAUUAAGAAAUCAAGGUUGGUCCAGUGCAAGUGGUAGUAUGUGAACAGUUUAAGUUUUUGGUGACCAGUUCUUUAGCCAGCUUGCCUCUGGCCUGCUUCCGAUGGUCUGAACCGCUACUUAUGUGACUAUUCUGAGGUUAGUGUGGACCCAGCACUGUGCUCAUUGCUGCCUUUGGCACAUGGAAAACUAAGUUUAAACCAAGGCCAACAGCCUAGUUUUCCCUUCCAAAAACAUUUUCAGACCACAUGAGGUGAGCUUUUUUUUCUUUCUUCCUUCCUUUCCGUUCUUUUCUUUUCUUUUCUUUUCUUUUUUCUUUUCUUUUCUUUUUUUCUUUUUUCUUUUCUUUUUUUGCUUCAGGUAGUUUCAGGCCUUGGGGCCCCUCAAAACCUGAUUUGCAGAAAGGAGUUUGAAGAUGUGAAACAAGUUAGUGUUACUUCUGCUCUGUUAGCCACUGCUAUCUUCAUGGAUCUGACACUCUAUUUAUCUGACAGUGCACUUAGUACUGCUUCGCCAGGGAAAAUCACACAAACCCAGCCUGGCGCAUCAGCACUUUCAUUGUGUGCCGGGCUGAGCCUCCCUUCACAUGCUCACAUCCCCCUUUUAAUCCAGUACUCCCUUUCCCCUCCCCAGUCCUGCCUGUUUCUGUGGCACUUAUUGCUGGUUUCCCUGAGCUCCUGUUUCCACUUUGUGUUUUUUGUGGGGCCCAGGAAGCUAAAGCUGUGUGUAUUUGUGGAUCAGACAAGUGCAGCAAGUUAAUAUCAUUGGCUUCUGAAGGGGAGAGUGAGGUGAUGGCUGCGUUUAAGUUGGAUUUCCUUCCAGAAAUGAUGGUGGAUCAUUGCUCUUUGAAUUCCAGUCCUGUGUAAGUAUUUUUGUUGUCUAAUUUUUAUCAUAAGCAGAGGAACUGGGCUGUUUUCUUUGUUAUUUGGUAAAACUGGUCCCUUUCCCUAAAAGAGGGAAGAAAAAAAUUCGGUGAGGAAGCCAAAGUCCACAGUAUUAUUAUUUUCUAUUGUACUCUGAUUCUGUCUCCUUACUACUGAUUUCCUUGGGGCUGUAGCUAAGUUCUGUACAAAAGGGUACAUUUGAUAUAUGAGCAGCAACAUCAACUCAAGUGUGCUGGCUCCAGUCCCUUCAAGCAAGCUGUAGUGUUUCCCCAUGUGAUAGAUUCCAACGCAUUUUUUUUUUUUUUAAACCUUAGCUUUACUGCUUUGUGUUGGGUAUGCAAUUUCAAACAAUCUUUUGGGACGUUAUUUAUUUACAUCAGAUUCUUAGACUCAUGUCACAGUGGAGACAGGUUACUAGAGUGUAUUUAGGAAUGUAUGCAGAAUGCUGUAUUGGCAUCUAAACUGUAUCCCUGGGCCCUGAUUUUUUCCUAGUCAAACUGAAAAUGCAACACAAUACAUGAUUUCAGGGAUGUCAGAUGUGUGCUCUUCCCCUCCCCUCCUCAGCAAAACUGUAUCAAUUUUGAUUGGCAAUUUGCCCAAAUUUUCAACAUGGGAACAAGAAAUCUAAUCAGUUUAAAAUACUGUUCAGUAAGUGACAUUAUCAUUGUACACAGCUAAAAUACUAACCUGGUCCUGAGUUGUAGCUUCAAGGAACCUGAAUUCUGAACUUUGUGAAGAACACAUUUCUAACUCUUGUUUUCAGUUAAUUAAACUAGGUUUCAAAGUAUCUUGAAACCUCAAGCGGAUGAGCCUUAGGUUAUUCAAAGCCAAGAAUAUUAAAUGGUAGAAUAUUCCUUAGAUAACAGGCAGUAGUCUAAGUCCUUCAGUAUAGCCCUCCGUUGGAAAUCCAUCUACCUUGGGAUUAUCUGUAGCAGGUAUGGAUGAUAGCAGAUUUUGAACAGUUCUCUGUGGAAUAGUUUGGGGGACCUCAAAGUUAGCUGGCUCACUCAUUUGAUAUGGAUGUUAUGCCUUCUCUGUAGUGUCCAAAAUAAUGGUAAUUUAGGUUUGUCUUUUUAUGCAAGCUCUUUACUGCUAAAAUUUUGUUAUAGCUGUAGAUAACAGGUGAAAUCAAUGCCAUCAUAAAGACUUAAUAUAUAUUACCAAAAUACUCCCGCAUACCAGAUAUAUGUCCCUAGAACUAGGACUUUGUGGCUCAAAUUAUCAUUCAUUGUAACAGUUUCUCUCUGUUUUGCCACCGCCUUUGUUCAGUCCUUAGAUACAGUAUUUUUCCUCAGCCUGUUCUCUCAUAUUUCAAGAGGUUAAACUAAUUCAGUAUCCCAUGAAGUCUGGAUCACAGAACAUUGCAUGGAAGUCACCUGGAACAUGAAAAUGCUGAUUCCUGGACCCAUUCCCAGAUAUUCUGAUGUUAGAAUAAGGCCCCAGAAUCUGUAUUUUAGCAAUGCCCCAUGUGGUUUUCAUGCACACUGAAGUUUGAGAGCUAAUGGACUGAAUACAGGUCAUUCUGUCAGAGGUGAUCAGGGAGCACACGGUUGGAAGCAUGUUUUCCCAAGUAUGUUUGCCUUUGUUUUAGUCUUCCAUCUUCUCAAAAGCUUUGGGAGGUUAAUUGGGCACAGGCUAUUGCCUCUGUUUACAGAUGAGAAACAGUUGAGAGGCUGUAACUGACUUGCCUGAGGACAAUUGGUGUCGGCUUUGGACCUCAAAUCAAGUUUAAUGAUAAUCUUUUUAUUUUUGCCCCCUAGACCAGGCUGCCUCAGGUGUCAUUGAGCAGGUACCCAUCGACUUCUUUCAUUAUUGCAAGUGUUUGGGCCCAUUCUCAUGGGCACCAUAUACCAAAACACAGAUUUGGGAAGAAGAAAGUUCGUGAGAAUGGUGUGUUUGCCACAUUUUUGUUGGGUUCUCAGCCCUUCUUUUAAUUCGUACUCUUUAGCAGGAGACUUGACAUCAGUAGUUUUCUCUCUCAAGUGAUUUUGCCCAGUAAUGUGAUCUAGCAAUGUAUCUAUUUCAAAAUUUCCUGCAAAAGAGAAGAAUGGCUGGAGGAGCUGUGGAAGGGCUGGGGACCUGAACUGUAGUUCCUAUUCUUACUUUUAACAGUGUCCUUGAUUCUGCUGUGACUACUCUUCAGCUUCCCUGGUUUCUCUUACAUUGCUUAUACCCUAGGAGAUGGGUGUUCUCUAGGAGUUGUAGCUCAGUCCCUUUUAGCUUUCCCUUGGCUUGAGGGGGUACCGAUUGCUUUUCUGAUUCUCACAUCUCUGUAUUUUUCCCCCAAAUGUCCCCUGAACUUCCCCGUGCAAAAACACUUUCCCAAAAUGACUGUACUAGAACCUAAGAGGGAUCAGUAACUUCUUUUCCUCAUCUUUUUCAUUGGGUUAUCUCCAAUUUCUAGUGGGUUCUGCCCCCAAAUUUUUCAGCAUUGCCUGAGACUGGGCCCUAAUCUUAGAAGCUAGUUUGUGCAAAAAUCUCUUUAUUUCCCCACUUUUAUUUCAUCCUCUGUAUUGUCGGUUGUCUUUAAAAGAUCAAUCCGAUCACUUCCUUGUUUAAAAAUCUUGUAAUAGCGGGGCCUGGGUGGCUCAGUUGGUUAAGCAUCCGACUUCAGCUCGGGUCAUGAUCUCACAGUUUGUGAGUUCGGGCUCCACGUUGUGCUCCGUGCUGACAGCUCAGAGCCUGGAGCCUGCUUCAGAUUCUGUGUCUCCCUCUCUCUCUGCCCCUCCCCUGCUCUCACUCUGUCUCUCUCCUUCAAAAAUAAAUAAACCUUAAAAAAAGAAUCUUGGAAUAAAGUCCAAGCCUGUUAGUAUCACAAGAAAAGCCCUUCAGGGCAUCUUUCCAAUGUAUCUGUUUAUUCUCAGUGAUUUUCUAAUGUUUUCUCUCUUUUUUUCUAAUCUUCUAAAAUGUGUACUCUCCCCUAAGUUUCUCAAGUCCUUUUUUUACCUAAUGUUAUCUUACCUUCUUCUCUUUUUUCUGAAUUCUUCCCAUUUUCACAUCACUCCAUUCUAUACAGCACUGUUUCCAGCCCCUUUGUCCAUUCAGCUUAAGUCCCUGCCCUCCUCCUCCAAAUACAAUAAAACCAUCAUACCCAUUUUUUUUUUUCCCCACAGAACUUUUAAGCAUCCAUGAAAAUAUUUGUAGGUCCUUAUAGUUGUGUUCUUCCACUUGUUUGGUGCCAUCACCUUCAGGACAGGUACUGCUCAGUCCCCUUCUAUAGCCCCUCGAGUGUGUAGUAUCUGGCACAUAGUAGGAGGUUAGGAAAUACAGUUGAAUGAAUGAUAAGCCCUGUGAGAUUUGUUUGUUUUUAAUAAUUAAAGAUAAUUACUGAAAUAAGGUCUCUAGGUGUUAUCUCCAUUUCUCAGGGAAGAAGGCUGAAAACCUUCACAAGCAUCGUUAGCCUGUUUAGUUGUUGAAAGGUGACUUAACCUUUAUUAAGAGCUUUUUCUAAUACCUAACAUCCCAACUAACAGGAAGAUCUCCCUUUAUCCAAAAGGAAAUUCCUUCCUUCCAGAAUACGUACAAUUUUGUCUCACUAGAGAACAGUUGCUCAAAGAAAAUGAACGGCACCCUGGACCACCCAGACCAACCGGAUCUUGAUGCUAUCAAGAUGUUUGUGGGCCAGGUUCCAAGAACCUGGUCUGAGAAGGACUUGAGGGAACUCUUUGAACAGUAUGGUGCUGUCUAUGAAAUCAAUGUCCUAAGGGAUAGGAGCCAAAACCCUCCUCAGAGCAAAGGGUGCUGUUUUGUUACAUUUUACACCCGUAAAGCUGCAUUAGAGGCGCAGAAUGCUCUUCACAACAUGAAGGUCCUACCAGGGAUGCAUCAUCCUAUACAGAUGAAACCUGCCGACAGUGAGAAGAACAAUGCAGUGGAAGACAGGAAGCUGUUUAUUGGUAUGAUUUCCAAGAAGUGCACUGAAAAUGACAUCCGAGUCAUGUUCUCUUCAUUUGGACAGAUUGAAGAAUGCCGGAUAUUACGGGGACCUGAUGGCCUGAGCCGAGGUUGUGCGUUUGUGACUUUUACAACAAGAGCCAUGGCACAGACGGCUAUCAAGGCAAUGCAUCAAGCACAGACCAUGGAGGGCUGCUCAUCUCCCAUGGUGGUAAAAUUUGCUGAUACGCAGAAGGACAAAGAACAGAAGAGAAUGGCCCAGCAGCUCCAGCAGCAGAUGCAGCAAAUCAGCGCAGCAUCUGUGUGGGGAAACCUUGCUGGUCUAAAUACUCUUGGACCCCAGUAUUUAGCACUUUAUUUGCAGCUCCUUCAGCAGACUGCCUCCUCUGGGAACCUCAACACCCUGAGCAGCCUCCACCCAAUGGGAGGGUUAAAUGCAAUGCAGUUACAGAAUUUGGCUGCCCUAGCUGCUGCAGCUAGUGCAGCUCAGAACACACCAAGUGGUACCAAUGCUCUCACUACAUCCAGCAGCCCCCUCAGCGUACUCACCAGUUCAGGGUCCUCACCGAGCUCCAGCAGCAGCAGCUCUGUCAACCCCAUCGCCUCCCUUGGAGCUCUGCAGACAUUAGCUGGAGCAACGGCAGGCCUCAACGUCAGCUCUUUGGCAGGGAUGGCUGCUUUAAAUGGUGGCCUGGGCAGCAGCGGCCUUUCCAACGGCACCGGGAGCACCAUGGAGGCCCUGACGCAGGCCUACUCGGGAAUCCAGCAAUAUGCUGCCGCGGCACUCCCUACUCUGUACAACCAGAACCUGUUGACACAGCAGAGUAUCGGUGCUGCUGGAAGCCAGAAGGAAGGUCCAGAGGGAGCCAACCUGUUCAUCUACCACCUGCCCCAGGAGUUUGGAGAUCAGGACCUGCUGCAGAUGUUUAUGCCCUUUGGGAAUGUCGUGUCUGCCAAGGUUUUCAUAGACAAGCAGACAAACCUGAGCAAGUGUUUUGGUAUGUUGGCUUCUCUUUUGGUGUCGGGAGGGUUAAGUGCCUUUACCACUGAGAACAAAAAGGGUCUGAAAGCAGGAAGAGCAGGGUUUGAAUUGGGUUACCAUUUAACUCAACCUUGGGCAGAUCAAUUUUUUUAUUGCUGUUUAUGGAUGAUGGAUUUCUACCCAUACUGUUGCUCCGGAAGUAAAAAUAAUGUAUGGAAAUAGUUGGUCAGAAAACUUAAAAGUGCCAUGUAGAAGUCAAGUGGUACUGUCGGGAAUCUAAUUUGUUUCAUGUGAUACAAUUUCCAGAAUUCUUGUCCCUGCUGAGAAAUUUGGGAUUUGAGACUAUGCUCAUAAGAUAUCUCUUGGC